CAAUCAGAGACAGGCUCUAUAUAUAUCUGAGACCUGUGAUAUAUUGAUGAAAAACAGUCUAAUAGGGGACCUUUCAAAUCUAAAGCCUUGACCAUUUAGUCAAACAAAAAGAGUGUAUAUUCUAAAUGAGUGCAGGAAUAAUCCUUACUCUCAAAGGUGUUGUUGGAUUGAGGGUGUGGUAUUGUAGAUAGUAGUAUUGUUGAUGCAUCCUCCUCCAGUGUGUGUGUCAUAUCCAUUUCUGUCUGUCAGCAUUUUCUGUAAAGCGUUUGAUCUCUCUAUCUCUGUUCCUUCUUCCUCCGUGUCCCACUUUCUGAAUCAUUUUCUCUCCCACCUUCUCCCCGUCUCCUCUGAUCCUCCUCGCUGCAGGUUCCUCUGCUUAAAGAACAAAAGCGGUGCUUCCGUGGUGUUCAGCACAUACACAGAGAAACACCCGUCCAUAGAGAAGGGCCCUCCCUUCGUCCAGCCCCUACUCAACUUUAUCUGGUUUCUGCUGCUGGCAGUGGAUGGGGGUAAAUUAACAGUUUUCACAGUGUUAUGUGAGCAAUAUCAACCUUCCCUGAAGAGGGACCCCAUGUAUAAUGAGUAUCUCGACAGAAUAGGACAGGUUUUCUUUGGCGUUCCUCCCAAACAGUCCCCAUCAUACGGAGGACUGCUAGGUGAGUGGACACCGACACUUUAAAGCAAAUGUUUGGGAUUAUUUACACACAAGUUCCUGUCAUCUCAGUGCCAGCGAUAGGCUUUAUGUUGCUUUUCCCAGACGGCCACACCCCGACCUUCCUACGUCUCAUAAAUAAACUGUUUCAAGAGAGGAAGCAUUUCAGUUAUUAAAUAGUACAUGAUCUGAAUUCAAGUAUUCCUGUUUCACCAAACUAAAC